GAGAGAGAGAGAGAGAGAGAUUAAGCGUACACAACUGGUGUCUUAAUCCUCUGAGCGGAUAGAUUUAGACGGAAAAACACCACAGGUUUAGGGCACAGCAGCCAUUUUUAUGGGCCGUUUGUGGAUAAAGUGCACUUGGAGGAGGAAGACGGCAGCCUGAGGGAGAAAAGAGGAAAACUUUUUAUCUAUUUAUUUUUUUUUUUUUGGUCCUCGGCUUUUCACUUCCCAGCUGCUGCAACCGCCCGCUUCACUUUUUCACCUUGUGUCUUCAUUUCCCGAGUUACUUCAUUUGAUAUCGGUGACCUCCACAACGCGAAGGCAGCGAUGAAGGACCGCCUGGAGCAGCUGAAGGCGACGUGUGACCAUGACGACGAGGACGUGUCGAUCGCUGUGGUUAACGAAGGGUUCAUGGAUGAUUUUUUUACACAGAUUGAAGAAAUCAGAAAAGGCAUCGACAAGAUUGACGAAAAUGUAGCUGAAGUGAAGAAACUUUACUCUGUUAUUCUGUCUGCGCCGACAUCUGAUCAGAAAACACAAGAUGAGCUGGAGGCCCUUACCAAUGACAUUAAGAAAAUGGCCAACAACGCACGCAACAAGCUGAAGACUAUUGAGAGGGAACUUGAGACGGGCGAAGAGGAGAGAGUGUCCGCUGACAUGAGAAUACGCAAAUCACAGCAUGCAGUUCUCUCCAGGAAGUUUGUGGACGUGAUGACAAAAUACAACGAAGCUCAGGUGGACUUCAGAGACAAGAGCAAAGGACGCAUCCAGAGACAGUUAGAGAUCACUGGUAGAGUCACUACUGAUGAAGAGCUGGAGGAAAUGUUGGAGGGGGGCAACGCAUCGGUCUUCACCGCCGGGAUCGUAGAUUCGGGAAUCUCCAAGCAGGCGUUGAGCGAGAUCGAGUCUCGUCACAAAGACAUCGUACGGCUGGAGAGCAGCAUAAAGGAACUGCACGACAUGUUCGUGGACAUCGCCAUGCUCGUCGAGAGUCAGGGUGACAUCAUCGAUAACAUAGAGGCGAAUGUGUCAAAAUCAGUGGAUCAUAUUGCAGCAGCAAAGAUUGAAACAAAGAAAGCAGUCAGGUAUCAGACCAAAGCCCGGAAGAAAAUUAUCAUCUUGGGUGUGAUUGGUGCUGUGGUUUUGGUCAUCAUCAUUAUCAUCAUACUCACACAGACACUCUGAGACCACACCCAUUUCUGUGACUCCUCCCACUCGAGUCAUUUAUCCACCUGUGGCAAUCCCGGUCCCUCUCUUUCUCUCUCUCAUCCCUGCUCGAGAGGUGAGACAGAAGUUAAACACCCUUCUCAUCCGUCACUGUGUUCUCCUCUCCUGCCCUACACGGACGGACGGACGACUCCUCACCCCGACUGUUUGAAAGCGUGCUUUCGUUUAAAGCACGCUGACUGCUGGGGCAAAUCGCAAAGCAAAUCUGUUUUGCGUAAAGGGACUGUUUUGUUGAAGUAUGGAUUAUACGGAGAAAUAGACCUCCACGUUCCAGCCUUGACAUUUUUAAUAGCGUGUUCUACACCAACGACUUGACUAAUCACCCAUGGAACCUAAAGUGGUGUAACUGUAUUUGUAAUUUAUUAUUAUUAUUAUUGUUUGUUUUCUUCCUUUAACAUCUUUAUCCAUUCAGUCAACCUGUCAUUUCACAUGUGACAUUUCAUAUACCUCUGUGGAAAAUGACCUUUUUUGAGCUUUACAUUUGUUUUCAAGAAACACUCGGUGAUCGUUUAUAGAGCUUUGGGAACACUUUUAUCACCUGACAUUUCUGUCGUAAGGUUCCCUUGUUUGGAUCAAGGUCCACAUAUAAUGAUAUGUAAUAAUUUGCGUCUUGAAUGUCUUAUUUCAGUGGAAUUUGGUUAAUAAUAAUAAUGGAACUUAUAAGCUUUAAUGAGAUUGACCCACAAAUAGGAAGGAUAAAGUGCAAUUAAGUUGUGUUUUUAAAUUGUUACGCUUUCCUGUAACAAACAACAACAAAAACUAAUGUCACGUGAGCAAUAAAUGAUUUUAUAUUUGUAA